UAUGCUGUGAUUUUAGUUAUUCUACUGGUAAUACAAAUAUUCCUUGUAAGCAUCAGUUAUACUGCGGCUAGUGGAAGUCUCUCAAGUGGGCUGCAACGAGGAUUCGACGAACUUUGGGAUAAAGGUUACACAAACAUCAAUACAACGCUAUCCUUCUAUGAAGAGUGGCUUCACUGUUGUGGAAAAAAUAGCGCCAAUGACUACUUUCAAAUGGAUAAAGUUCCGCCGGCGAGCUGCUGUCGCUAUCAGGAUUGCAGGAAUGUACUAAAUCUCUAUGUGGAAGGUUGUGAGCAGAAAUUUGGCGAAUACGUGCGUGAGAAGACGAAUAGUUUCAAUAUAGUCAGCUGGUGUUUGAUACUGACGGAGUUUAUUGGCUCUGUAUUUGCUUGCAUUUUGGUUGAUAGCAUCAGAAAUUAUCGCGAUCGCAUACGUUUUUAUAAUUGAAAUGGCAACAAUUGAAUUCCUCUCUUCAAAAAAUGCACAUACAUACCUCGUUCCUUCACACAGCAUAGUAUUGUUAAUCUAAUGAUCGAAAAUCCGAAAAAAUUGUUGACUCAAUACGUUAAUUAUAAUAAUUAGUAAAAUAUCUAUUGUAUUUUUAGUUUAUUAUUUAACUGAAGUUACAUUAUUGUUUUAAACUUAGCUAAAAUUUUAUAUAAAUAAUUGUUGUUUAGUUGUAAGUUACUAAAUUGUAUGUUAACCUCGAAGAAAAAUAAACCUAAAUUCAAUUAUG